AUGGUGGCUUUAUCAGAUUCAGAAAUUGAUGAAGUAGAGAAACAAUUAAUCAAUACGAAUCUUCAUUACGAGAGUGAAGAGUACAGUGAUGACGAUACCGUCUAUCCUUAUGGCACUGUUGAAAAAAAGGAUGAAGCUUUGUAUAAUGAAAAAGAAAUUUAUGAUAGUGAAGAAUAUAGUGAUGACGAUGUUAUAUAUCCAAAUCGUUCAACUAGUUCCUCAUCAAGUUCAGGACAAAGUAUCGAUGGACAAUGGACAAUAGUUGAACCUGGAAAUGAUAAGAUAUCACGAGUCUUACCAACUUUCCAAGAAAAAACUGGACCUAAUUUUCCAGUUAGCUCGUGUCCUUCACCAGCUGAUUUCUACAAUGAAAUGCUACCUGAUUCAUUAUUUGAUCAUAUUGUUAUAUGUACUAAUACGCGUGCUCGUGUUCAUUUUGAUAAUACUAUAUCAUCAUCACAAAGUAAAGAAUCAUGGAAACCAGUAAGACUUUUUUCAAAAUUCUGA